CAUCCGCCGCCGAAACCGAGAGUGCUUGACAUGAACAGUGUGUGUGAGUGUGUGUCCUGAAACUCCCGAAACUGUAACGCUGAUCCCGACAAGGUACUGGAUUGCUAGUGUUGUGCCUGUGAAUGCGAUCCUCUAAACAACAUUCGGCCAAAAUUUAUGACACCAAAAACUUCCAUUGCCUGCUGACUGGACCGGUACUAUGAGGAGGACCAGGCUGCUGCUGCUGCUCGUCACGCUCCUGAUAAAGGACGCGACAUGCGAGCCGCCUAUAGACUCGGCGUCGCUGCCGCUAGAGCACCGCGGCGGCGGCUACGGCCCCCCGCUCCCUGCCGCCAACACCGACGACCCCUGGCCCCUCUCCUCCCCCGACAGCCCCAAGAUCAAGCACCUCCAGGUCCAGUGUGAGAAGACCCACAUGAGGGUCAACAUCGAGUUCGACCGCCCCUUCUACGGCAUGAUCUUCUCCAAAGGCUUCUACAGCGACCCCCACUGCAUGCACCUCAAGCCGGGCACCGGCCACCUCAGCGCCACCUUCGAGAUCUUCCUCAACAGCUGCGGCAUGUCGAGCUCCGCCAACCACAACGUGGCCGCGUACGGCAGCCCCACCCCCAGCGGCUCCUACGUCGAGAACACCAUCAUCGUCCAGUACGACCCCUACGUCCAGGAGGUCUGGGAUCAGGCGAGGAAGCUGAGAUGCACCUGGUACGACUUCUACGAGAAGGCGGUCACGUUCCGGCCGUUCCAGGUCGACAUGCUGCACGCCGUCACGGCCAACUUUCUCGGCGACAACCUGCAGUGCUGGAUGCAGAUUCAAGUAGGGAAGGGCCCGUGGGCCUCCGAGGUCUCGGGAAUCGUCAAAAUCGGUCAGACGAUGACGAUGGUCCUCGCCAUUAAGGACGACGAGAACAAAUUCGACAUGCUGGUGAGAAACUGCGUCGCGCACGACGGCAAGCGGGCCCCCAUCCAGCUGGUCGAUCAGUACGGUUGCGUCGUGCGACCCAAGAUCAUGAGCAAGUUCCAGAAGAUAAAGAACUUCGGCCCCUCAGCGUCCGUCGUGUCCUUCGCGUACUUCCAGGCGUUCAAGUUCCCCGACUCCAUGAACGUGCACUUCCAGUGCGUGAUUCAAGUCUGCAGGUACAACUGUCCCGAGCCGAAGUGUGCCGGAGGACUGGGCGCCGAGUACGGCGUUCCACUUCUAGGUAACUCGUUAGGAGCGGAGUACGGUCUCGCCAACUCGCCACACGGCGAGUACGGCCCGCCCCCGCCCGCGCCGCACUCCGAAUACGGCGUUCCUCCGGCGUUCCCCGACCCCCGACACCCAGCGGACUCCGCAGGAGCGUACUCGGAGAAGCGGGACGACGCCGUUCCGCCGCCCCAGGCUCAGGUGUCGUCGACACCCAACGCCCCCAGCCAGUCGUCGCCGGCGCCGACCCGCGAGGAGGACGACGUGAACCUGCCCCCUCCUCCCCCGCCGGGACGACGAGGAAUCUACAACACGGUGAAGAGAAAAGACGAGGGCCACGGAAAUCUCGCGACGUUAGGCGGCAGACCUAGGUCGGUCGAAGAUUUGCCGGAGAACCUGGUCGGCAUCAGGAGGCGACGGGAGACUUCCACCCCCGCCCGCAUCUACAAGAGGGACGCGCAGGAGAUGACCGACGUGAACACGAGUCGAACGAUCCAGGUGGUUGCGCCGGGCGACGUCAACUUCGCCCUCAACAACGCCGCGCAGAACGAGACGGUCGUCAUCCAGUCGCCGGCGACGGACCCCGAGACGAUAUGUAUGUCGGUGCCGUCGUUCGUGGCGGGCCUGGUGAUGCUACUGCUGGUGCUGGUAGUGGCGUCCCUGGUGGCAGCCUUCCUAUUCGUGCGCGUCCGCGCGCUGGACCGGAAGGGCGCGCACGGCGCCGCCGCCUACUACGAGACGGACUACGUGAAGCAUACGAAUUAAGUAUUAGGAACGGUGACGCGUGGACGUUCUAACUCUUCUCAGAUCCAAAGAGCCGGCGAGGAGCGGUCGCGACCGUGCCGCCGCCGCCGCGCUGCGUCGCGCCCGCGCCGCGCCGCGCUGCGCUGCGCCGUCGGUCGCGACCGAGCCUCAGUGACGUGUGACUUAUUUAUUUAGUUAUUUAAUGAGUGUGAUUUGUGCGACUGCUUUUUUGUAAAUUAUUUUAUUCGUGUGGAAACACUCGCUGUACUGCCUUAUAUAGUCGAUACGUCUGUUGUAAUUUUGUAAAGAGUCGUUUUAUAAGAGUAGCGUGUAAGUUGUAUACCAAUUAAAUGUGUCGUGUGCGAGUUA